GUUGCUGCGUGCGCAUUCACUUCUCCGUCGUAAUGGCGCUGGCAAGAUCCGUGUACCACCUUCUCUUCAGGAGGACGUCUACUUUUGCUAUAACCAUCAUGGUUGGAGCAGUCUUCUUUGAGCGGUUAUUUGACCAAGGUGGCAAUGCUAUCUUUGAGCAGAUGAAUCGCGGGAAACUAUGGAAACACAUUAAACAUAAUUACGAGGAGAAAGAUGAGGAAUAAGACGUGGAUCCAGGUCAUCUGAGGCCAAGUCAAACUGUCGUCACACUUCCAUGAUCCAUUCGAACUGGACCUACACCUGAGUUACAGUCAUCAUGGACUUUGUGCUGAAUGUCGUAAACAGGCUGUCAGCAGCUCCCACAAAUCCAGUGUUGAGUGACAGACUGUCUGGAACACCAUGAAGAUGGAGCCGUGACUCCAAACUGCUCCUCUUUCUCACUGUCGUUGUGUUUAACGCUGUCAUUCUUGUAAAUUGUUAAAUUAAAGGUUCAUGUUUAUGUUCUAGAGAUC